AUGAAGAGCUCAGCUGGGGGCAGGAGGGCAAAGCUGCCAGGAGCUAAAUGCCAGCCCAGCAACGAAAAUAUGAAGAAGCCCUGGAGCCCUGAUGUCCCCCAUGGUAAUCAUUCUUACACCCCAGGUUUCCCAAGUGUACCAGACAGGGAAAGUGAGACAGAAUUAGCACCUGAUGACAGUGAGGAAAAGCAAGAGAAGGAGAAAAAACACACCAAUUUCACUUUGUGCAAUGUUUGUAACAUUCAGUUGAACUCUGCUGCUCAAGCACAAAUCCACUAUAAUGGCAAAUCACAUCAGAAGAGACUAAAACAGCUCAGCAAUGGGAAUCUUAAAAAUGAUAAUGGUGGCACAUGCCAGAGCCCUGCUCUUCCAGCCCUGGUGCGUACUCCAGCCCCACCAUUACAACCAUCGCUGGAUAUUAAACCAUUUCUUCCAUUUCCCCUGGAUACAGCAGCAGCAGUCAAUCUCUUCCCCAAUUUCAAUGCAAUGGACCCAAUUCAGAAAGCUGUAAUAAAUCAUACAUUUGGGGUUCCUCUUCCUCAUCGAAGAAAGCAAAUCAUAUCAUGCAACAUUUGCCAGCUGAGAUUUAAUUCUGAUAGCCAGGCUGCGGCCCACUACAAAGGCACUAAACAUGCCAAGAAGCUCAAAGCACUGGAAGCCAUGAAAAAUAAGCAGAAAUCUGUUACUACCAAGGACAGCGCAAAGACUACCUUCACUUCCAUCACUACCAAUACCAUCAAUACCAGCUCUGACAAAACAGACCUUACCACAGGGACACCAGCAAUAUCAACACCAACAGUGGAAAUUCGGAAAAGCAGUGUUCUGACAACUGAGAUCACCUCUAAAGUGGAAAAAAUCCCCACCACAGCCACUAGCAGCAACACAUGCCCUUCCGUGGAGACUGAGGAAGAAAAGGCAAAAAGGCUGCUUUACUGUUCACUAUGCAAGGUUGCUGUCAACUCCACCUCACAGCUGGAGGCGCACAACAGUGGGACUAAGCACAAAACUAUGUUGGAAGCUCGGAAUGGAAGUGGAACUAUUAAAGCCUUUCCCCGGGCAGGCGUCAAAGGCAAGGGACCUGUUAAUAAAGGAAACACAGGCCUACAAAACAAAACAUUUCACUGUGAAAUUUGCGAUGUGCACGUAAACUCUGAGACACAACUUAAACAGCACAUAAGUAGUAGAAGGCACAAAGAUCGAGCUGCUGGGAAACCCCCUAAACCUAAAUAUAGUCCUUACAACAAACUCCAAAAGGGAGCACAUCCGCUUGGGGUAAAAUUAGUAUUUUCAAAGGAACCUCCAAAGCCAAUGGCUCCACGAAUCUUACCAAACCCACUAGCAGCUGCAGCAGCAGCUGCUGCUGUGGCUGUGAAUUCCCCUUUCAGUCUUCGAUCAGCCCCAGCAGCUACCCUAUUCCAGACUACAGCACUUCCUCCAGCACUCCUACGACCAGCUCCUGGGCCUAUACGGACCACCCAUACUCCUGUGCUGUUUGCUCCUUACUGA